UCCAUGUUUCCCUCGAAACCCUUCCCUAAAACCCUAAUACGUCACCAGCAUCAAACAAGUUCGUUCAUAGCCUCUCCCACUCUCAAGCACUCACGAAAAAUCAAGAUGUUGCGCAGAAACAUUAGGUUAAGAAAAGAGUAUCUCUACAGGAAAAACUUGGAAGGUGAUGAGCGUGUGCAAUAUGAGAAGAAAAUGAAGAUAAGAGAAGCUCUGCAAGAAGGAAAGCCGAUUCCUACUGAGCUCCGAAACGAAGAGGCGAGGCUUCGACAAGAGAUUGAUCUUGAAGACCAAAACACAGCUGUUCCUCGGAGUCAUAUUGACGAUGAAUAUGCAAAUGCUACGGAGAAUGAUCCAAAGAUUUUGUUGACAACAUCUAGGAAUCCAAGUGCUCCACUCAUCCGAUUCACAAAGGAAUUGAAGUUUGCAUUUCCUAACUCUCAGAGAAUAAAUCGUGGUAGUCAGGUCAUUUCUGAGAUCAUUGAAACUGCUCGUUCUCAUGACUUUACGGAUGUUAUAUUGGUUCAUGAGCACCGCGGUGUGCCUGAUGGUCUCAUUAUCUCUCAUCUCCCAUUUGGGCCAACUGCAUACUUUGGAUUACUUAAUGUGGUAACAAGACAUGAUAUUAGCACCAAGAAAGCCAUUGGGAAAAUGCCUGAGCAAUAUCCUCAUCUCAUUUUUAACAACUUUACAACUCAGAUGGGUCAAAGAGUUGCCAACGUCUUAAAACAUGUCUUCCCUGCUCCAAAAGUGGAUGCUAGACGUAUCGUUACUUUUUCUAAUGAAUCUGAUUAUAUUUCAUUCAGGAACCAUGUCUACGAUAAAGGAGAAGGAGGUCCAAAAUCAAUUGAGCUUAAAGAAGUCGGUCCUCGGUUUGAGUUGCGGCUCUACCAGGUGAAAUUAGGAACGGUGGAACAAAACGAGGCAGAGACCGAAUGGGUUAUUAGACCGUACAUGAACACUGCUAAAAAACGCAAGUUCAUCGGUGAAUGAUACUAGAAACGGCACCGCUUCGAAUCUUUAUUUAAAUUCUGUUUCACCUAAUAUUUAUUUUGUUGGAAGAUCUGUUAAAUAUUUUUUGUCCUUGGAGAAAAUUGCGUUUGAUUUUGGGGUUAUUCGAUGACUGUAAGAUUAGCAUCGAUGUUUGUUCUGACCUCUAUUACAACGUUUCGGCUCUUUAAAAAAAAGUCUUGCUUGUCUUAAAAUAAA